CGCCCCCCCGCUAGAAGCUUUGCGUCGUUUCCGGCUGCUGUACUCAAGCUUCCCUCAGCCGAGUGAAGAAACAACAGCCGCCAUUUUGUUUGUGUGUGAGGGACGGAGCCCCGGCCGGAGUCCGGCACGAACCGCAGGACAACCGGAGGAGGUAGAAGGCUGGACACAAAGACAAGCCUUCCCGUAAAUUAUCUCUGGAAACAGAUACACCUCGGGCCUGUGCCUCCAUGACUUCUUUCUAAAGCAGUCUAGGGCUACUGCGACCCCUUUAACUCCCCCGAGAGACAAGGCGGUAACACCGGCUACUGUGGGACGAGGAUUUCCGGUUGGUAUAGGCCUGACGACAUCUAGCGGCGGCCUCACCUGUGUUGGCCAGAUCUACCGUGAGCUGAGUGUUCAGAGCCGGAGACCCUCCCUCCUGAGAGACUGCGGGAGAGGCCGCGGGGGAAGGGAGCAAUUAUACCGACAGGCCGCGAGAUCUUGCUGUAGGCCUGCGCCGGUACUAAAGCGCUCACCUAUACACAAAGGUUUUCCUGAAGGGGAGGGGGAUGCGGCCGUGGCUGAGUUUAAAGCAGUGACACCGGCAGAUACGUUCGCUGCGAUGCCGCCCUCUGAGCAAGGCGAGAGCCCGAGGCUGUGUUGCUGAGCCGCCUAAAACACUAUUCCGUUUUCGAUGCUCUAAGCACCUUUACACGCAGCUUUGUGCUUCUCUUCCCGGGCUUGUCUCAUCUGAGCCCAUUUAAAAGACCUACAAGAUCUUCUUACUGGUGGCAAGCUACUACUUGGCCUUUUCAUCCAAUUUUACCCGUCUCCACCCCCCCCCCCACCACAACUGGGGGUAGAGUAGGACGAUGGGUCAGAAGAGGCCCAGGUAUUUGGCGGAGGUUGGCGUCCUGAUCGUUGAGGACCGCAUUUGUGAGGGAAAGGAGAACGUUAGCACCUGAAGCGAGGAAGGGGAUCACCUACCUACAUUGAGUGUUCAGUGAGUGAAUUUAUAGGAGUAGGGGAGGGCUCACCUCCUGGCACCCAGGCCUUUUUUAGUGACUGCAGCAUAAUAGUGAGCCUUGGAACGUAUUAGCGAAUCCCCACAAGUGGCAACCAUGGCUGACAAUUUGGUGGAUCCUGGGCCCCCUUCUGCUAAGAAGCCCAAGAUGUCUUCUCCUUCCCUGUCUUCCAGCGAUGUUCCAGAUUUUGGGUCUCUCUUUGACCUGGAACAGGAUUUACCUGAUGAGUUGAUUAACUCAAGUGAGUUUGGUCUGACUAAUGGUGGAGAUCUCAGUCAGCUACACAACAGCAUGAAUAUGGUGCCUGAUGCAGCAGCCAAGCAUAAGCAGCUUUCUGAGCUUUUGCGUGGUGGAACCGCCUCAAGCAUGAGCAUGGGCCUUGGGCAACAAACACAACAAAACAGCCCAGGAAUAAGCUUACUAAACAGCAUGGUGAAAAGUCCUAUGAACCAAGGAGGACUUACAUCGCCAAACAUGGGUAUGGCAGGCAGUGGAAACACUGGACCAACAGCUCAGCAGAUAAAUCCUACUUCAGCAGCAGGAAUGAUGCCUGGUGUAAAUAGCCCUGUAAACCAACAUGGCAUGGGCAUCAACACAGGGAUGAUGACUGCUGGAAAUGGACAAAAUAUGAUGCAUGGUCAAAUGAUGAAUGGGUCUGUUGGAUCUGGUAGAGGGCGUCCUAACAUGCAGUACCCCAAUCCUAACAUGGGCAAUACAGGCAACAUACUUGCCGAAACACUUCAAGGUGGGCCUCAAAUUGGAGGACAGCCCGGAAUGAGAGGUCCGCAGCCAACAGCUAUGAACAAGAUGGGUCUAAUGAACAAUCCUAAUCCUUAUGGAAACGCGUAUGGACAAAAUGUUGUUCCCCAGAUGGGAGGCAAUGUUAUGGGAUCACAAAUGCAGAACAAGGCAGCAUUACAGAAUAGCCUGUCUCAGUUUCCAGUGGACAAAAAACCUGGAGUCGGCAUGCCAAAUAUGAAUCAGCAGACAUCGACCCAGGUUCAGCAAGCUGGAAUGGUUACUGCAGCUCCACCAGGUAUGGGAGCAGGUGCCCCCCAGGGCAUUGGCUCAGGGGCGCCUACAGCAGAUCCUGAGAAAAGGAAACUGAUCCAGCAACAACUGGUUCUUCUCCUGCACGCUCACAAAUGUCAGCGGAGGGAACAGGCCAAUGGAGAAGUACGGCAGUGCAACUUACCGCAUUGCCGGACAAUGAAGAAUGUCCUUAAUCACAUGACACACUGCCAAGCUGGCAAAUCUUGCCAAGUUGCACAUUGUGCCUCCUCGCGGCAGAUAAUUUCGCACUGGAAAAAUUGCACACGACAUGACUGUCCUGUCUGUCUUCCUCUGAAGAAUGCAGGAGACAAACGUAAUCAAACUUUGCUGGGUGGUCCAACAGUGGCAAUGGGAGCUACUGGUUCUGUGGGGGCAGUUGGCCAGCAACCUGCUCCUUCAAUUAAUGCCACUAACCAAAUUGACCCAAGCUCAAUAGAGAGAGCAUAUGCAGCACUUGGUCUUCCUUACCAGGGCAAUCAAAUACAGAGCCAACCACAAGCUCCAGUUAAAGGCCAACAGUCAGGACAGUCACCACAGGGAAUGCGCUCCCAUAACACAAUGAAUUCAAGCACAAUGGGAGUCAAUGGAGGAGUAGGUGUCCAAGCUUCCAGUUUGCUUCCUGACUCUCUGUUGCAUUCAGGAAUGAACACUCAGAGUGCAAUGAUGAAUGAGAGUGGUGGCAUUCCUAACCUAGGCUCAAUGCCUAUAGCGGCACCACCCUCUAGUACUGGAAUCCGCAAACCUUGGCAUGAAGAUAUCACACAGGAUCUGAGGAACCAUCUAGUCCACAAACUUGUUCAAGCCAUAUUCCCAACACCUGAUCCAGCAGCAUUAAAGGAUCGUCGAAUGGAGAACUUGGUAGCUUAUGCUCGUAAAGUUGAAGGGGACAUGUAUGAAUCUGCUAACAGCAGGGCUGAGUACUACCACUUGCUAGCUGAGAAGAUAUACAAGAUUCAAAAAGAGUUGGAGGAAAAGCGUCGAACCAGAUUGCAAAAGCAACAUCUAAUGCCCACUCCCCCUGGCAUGCCUCCUACACAAAUGAAUCAAAGCCAAGGAAUGCCCCAGCCACAAACUGGAAUGUCAACUAACGGCCCUUUGCCAGAUCCAAGCAGCAUGAUGCGGGCUAAUGUGCCAAAUCAAAUGAUGAAUCGUAUGCAGACACAAACUGGAAUGAACCAAUUUGGGCAGAUGGGUAUGCCAAUGCAGUCCAUGGGCCAGAGACCGCCAGCUCCACUUCAGCACCCUGGGCAAAUGGGACAAACGGGCCCUAUGAAUCAGAUGGGAUUUCAGGCCCGCAUGCAGCAGUCAGGUACUAUGCAACAAACUGCACAGAACCAGUUUCUGUCCCAAAAUCAGUUUCAGGCAUCUCCUCCUGUGAUGAAUACUGGAGGAAUGAAUACAGGAGGCUUGAAUGCAUCUGGCAUGUCCAUGUCCCAGCCUGGAAAUCAGAACCCUCCAUCUCAGGCACAGAUGUCUAAUCCCAAUCAUCCUGUGAGCUCUCCUGUGAUGCCUCCAGUGGCAGCAGGGAAUCAGAUCCACUGUUCGAGUCACGUCCAACCCAUGCACCGCAACUCACCGUCCCCUGCUCCAAGCCGCACACCAACCCCUCACCACACGCCUCCAGGCUUAACUCCUCAACCCGCCCCAACACCCGCACAGCCUAUCAUACCAACAGCAGCACCAACUUCACAAGCACCACUACAACACAGAGAAAGCCCUACCCCACCACAAGUGACCCCUUCAUUAUCCAUCCCUACCCCCGUUAUGCCUACCACUGACCAGCAAAUCCCUACACCACCUCCUCAGCAGCCUUUGCAGCAGUUUCCAUCACAACAACAGCCAUUACCACGGCCUCCUUCACAGCCAAGCCUAACCACACCUGUACCCACGCCAACUGCACAACUGCCAAUGCAGCUUCACCCAAGCACUCCGUCUACAGUCAAUCUGGAAUGCCCAUCUUCCAAUCCUCCCUCUACUAAUAGCCCUGAAGUUCGCUCUCAGCAACCUGUUCAAGAGCCGCCACCUCAAGAGGUUAAAAUGGAGAUCAAGCAAGAAGAUGAUUAUCUUGAGCCUGAGCCUAUGGAACCUCCAGCAGAGGAGAAGCCUGAGGUUAAAGUGGAGGGAGCAGUUGAGGAUUGCAAAUCUGAGCCAGUUGAGCUGGAAGAGAAGAAAGAAGAAGUUAAAACAGAAAUCAAGGAGGAAGAUGAGAAACCAGAAACCCCUGCUUCCCAGACAUCUCCUGCUCCCCCUGGGCAGUCCAAGAAGAAGAUUUUCAAACCUGAAGAGCUUCGCCAGGCUCUCAUGCCCACUCUGGAAGCAUUAUACCGGCAAGAUCCAGAGUCCCUUCCUUUUCGUCAACCAGUGGAUCCUCAGUUAUUAGGAAUCCCGAAAAAUACCUCUGUCCUGCAGGAUUACUUUGAGAUUGUCAAGACUCCCAUGGACCUUUCAACUAUUAAACGCAAGUUAGACACAGGACAGUACCAAGAGCCCUGGCAGUAUGUGGAAGAUAUCUGGCUGAUGUUCAACAAUGCCUGGCUAUACAACCGUAAAACUUCUCGUGUCUACAAGUACUGUUCCAAGCUGGCUGAGGUGUUUGAGCAGGAGAUUGAUCCAGUCAUGCAAAGCUUGGGAUACUGUUGUGGACGGAAGCUCGAGUUUUCUCCUCAGACCCUUUGCUGUUAUGGAAAGCAACUCUGUACAAUACCCCGUGAUGCCACUUACUACAGCUAUCAAAACAGUUCACCCAAAUAUGGCCUUCUCGCUGAUAGGUACCACUUCUGUGAAAAGUGCUUCAAUGAGAUCCAGGGGGAAUGCGUCUCUCUCGGUGAUGACCCCACCCAACCUCAGACCACCAUCAGCAAAGAUCAGUUCUCCAAAAGGAAAAAUGACACACUGGAUCCAGAACAAUAUGUAGAAUGCUUGGAUUGUGGCAGAAAAAUGCACCAGAUCUGCGUGUUACAUCAUGAAACCAUCUGGCCCACAGGCUUUGUAUGUGAAGCCUGUCUAAAGAAAGCAGGCCGAUCUCGGAAAGAGAACAAAUUUUCUGCCAAACGUCUUCCAACUACGAGGCUUGGCUCUUUUCUGGAGAACAGAGUGAAUGAAUUUCUGAGAAGACAGAAUAAUCCUGAGGCUGGAGAGGUAACUAUUCGUGUGGUCCAUGCAUCUGACAAAACGGUGGAAGUGAAACCUGGCAUGAAAUCAAAGUUUGUGGAUACAGGCGAGAUGGCAGAAUCCUUCCCUUACCGAACAAAAGCCUUAUUUGCGUUUGAAGAGGUUGAUGGAGCUGAAUUGUGUUUUUUUGGAAUGCAUGUGCAAGAAUAUGGCUCUGACUGUCCUCAGCCCAAUCAAAGGCGUGUUUAUAUUUCCUAUCUGGACAGUGUACAUUUCUUUCGUCCAAAGAGCCUUAGAACAACUGUCUAUCAUGAGAUUCUCAUUGGCUAUCUGGAGUAUGUCAAGAAACUAGGGUAUACAGCAGGACACAUAUGGGCCUGUCCUCCGAGUGAAGGAGAUGACUAUAUAUUUCAUUGUCACCCAGCGGACCAGAAGAUCCCAAAGCCCAAGCGCUUGCAGGAGUGGUACAAGAAGAUGCUGGACAAGUCUGUGUCUGAGAGAGUAAUUCAUGAUUACAAGGACAUCUUUAAGCAAGCAACAGAAGACAGACUGACCAGUGCCAAGGAGCUGCCAUACUUUGAAGGGGAUUUCUGGCCUAAUGUGCUGGAGGAGAGCAUUAAGGAACUGGAGCAGGAGGAGGAAGAAAGGAAGCGAGAAGAAAAUACCAGCAAUGAGAGUAUUGAGGUUGGGAAAGGAGACAGUAAAAAUGCAAAGAAGAAAAACAACAAAAAGACCAGCAAAAAAACAAGCAGCCUGAGCAGAGGGAGUAAGAAGAAGCCUGGAAUGCCUAAUGUGUCCAAUGAUCUGUCACAGAAGCUCUAUGCUACAAUGGAAAAGCAUAAAGAGGUAUUUUUUGUCAUCCGCCUUAGUGCUGGACCAGCGGCCAAUUCUCUUCCCCCAAUUGUAGAGCCAGACCCCCUAAUUCCUUGUGAUCUGAUGGAUGGACGGGAUGCCUUCCUCACAAUUGCUAGAGAUAAACACUUGGAGUUUUCAUCUCUACGCAGAGCUAAGUGGUCUACAAUGUGCAUGCUGGUGGAGCUCCAUACACAGAGCCAGGACCGCUUUGUCUAUACCUGCAAUGAAUGCAAGCAUCAUGUUGAAACUCGUUAUCACUGUACUGUUUGUGAGGAUUAUGAUUUGUGCAUCACCUGCUACAACACAAAUACCCAUGAACACAAAAUGGAGAAACUUGGGCUUGGCUUGGACGAUGAGAGCAACAACCAACAAGCAGCCGCAACCCAAAGCCCCGGAGAUUCCCGCCGGCUGAGCAUCCAGCGCUGCAUCCAGUCUCUUGUACAUGCCUGCCAAUGUCGCAAUGCAAACUGCUCUUUGCCCUCAUGUCAGAAGAUGAAGAGAGUUGUACAACACACCAAAGGCUGCAAGAGGAAAACCAACGGAGGGUGUCCUAUCUGCAAACAGCUUAUUGCCCUGUGCUGCUACCAUGCUAAACACUGCCAAGAAAACAAGUGCCCUGUGCCCUUCUGUCUCAAUAUCAAGCAAAAGCUGCGACAGCAGCAGCUGCAGCAUAGGUUGCAACAGGCUCAGAUGCUGCGACGGCGCAUGGCCAGCAUGCAGAGAACGGGUGGGGUUGGCCCUCAGCAGGGUUUGCCUUCUCCAAAUUCAGCUGGCCCUGCCACACCAACAGGCCAACAGCCCCCCACUCCACAGACUCCUCAACCACCGCCCCAACCUCCAGUUCAGCAGCAGCCUCCGCCACCUAACAUGCCUUCCUACAGCAUGGCGCGUGCUGAACCCCCCAGGGGAAUAUCACAGGGCAAAGCAGCUGGGCAAAUGACUCCUCCAACGCCUCCCCAGACUGGACCAAUGCAGCAGCAAGUUCAGGGUCCACCACCAGCUGCUGUGGAGAUGGCAAUGCAGAUCCAACGGGCUGCAGAGACACAAAGGCAAAUGGCAAAAGCUCAAAUUUUCCCUCGGCCCAUAAUGAACCCACAUCAGAUGCAACCUAUGAACCCAAUGCCGCCCAUAGGAAUGAACCCUCAACAGGGCCCUAGGGGUCCAGUUCAUUUGGAUUCUGGCAUAGGGCCUGCUGGAAUGCAGCAACCUCAGCAACAGCAGCAUCCACCUCAGCCUCAAACACAACCUCCAUGGGUACAUGGUGGACUACCCCAGCCUCAAUCAAUGCAACCUGGCAUGCAGAGAUCACCCAUAAUGUCAGUACAGCAACAGGGACAACCUAUGAACAUGAAUCCCCAGCCUGGCAUUGGACAGGUGCCUGGAUCAAGUCAAACAAAACAAGGCACGCUGCCACAAGUUGCUGUGCAGAACCUUCUUCGUGCUUUGCGUUCUCCUAGCUCACCCAUGCAGCAGCAGCAGGUUUUAAAUAUUUUGCAAUCAAACCCACAGCUUCUGGCUGCCUUUAUCAAGCAAAGAGCAGCCAAGUAUGCCAAUAAUCCGAAUGCACAGGCAGCUGGCAACAUUCCCGGUAUGCCUGCCCAUGGUGGCCUUCCGCAAGUAGUGCAUUCUAAUCCUGGCAUGCAAGGCAUGAACCCUAUGCAGGCAAUUGGCCCUCGCCCUGGCAUGCCUCAGCAACCUCAAGCCCCACAACAGCAGCCUCCACAACAGCCCCCUAUUCCCCAGCAGGGUAUGGCAGGAAUAAAUCCACAGGGUCAGCCAGUAAACAUCAACCAUGGUGGGAUUUCCCCUCAGUUUCGUGAGAUUCUCAUACGAAGGCAGCAAAUAAUGCAGCAGCAGCAGCAGCAACAACAACAACAACAGCAACAACAGCAGCAGCAACAACAACAACAGCAGCAGCAGCAGCAAGGAGCUGGCCCUGGAAUGGUUAAUCAUAACCAGUUCCAGCAGCACCAAGUCAUGUCUGGCUACACACAACACCAACAACAGCAGCAGCAACAACAACAGCGGUUCCAGCACCACAUCCAGAUGCAGCAAGGAAAUAUGGGACAAAUGAGCCAGAUGUCACAGGGAAUGCCGGGUGAUGCAUCGAGUGGCCUGCAGAGCUUUCCACAGCGCCUCUUACACCAGCAGAUGGGAUCUCCAGCACAACAAAACCCAAUGAGCCCACAACAGCACAUGUUGCAAGGCCCUGCCCAGUCCCCUCAUUUACAGGGACAGCAGCUCCCCCCAUCACUUACCAACCAAGUGCGUUCUCCCCAACCUGUGCCCUCUCCACGUCCCCAGUCACAGCCCCCACACUCUAGCCCGUCUCCCCGUAUGCAGCCCCAGCCAUCCCCACAUCAUGUUUCUCCUCAGACCAGCUCUCCUCACCCAGGAUUGGUGGGGCCUGGCCAAGGGAACCCUAUGGAUCAAGGACACUAUGGAAGCCCGGAUCCUACUUCUAUGCUUUCACAAAUGGCAGGUCUUCAUGGAGGGGGGGUGUCAGACCUUGGUAUGGGUGCAGACAACUCGGACCUUAAUCCCAACCUCUCACAGAGUGCACUAGAUAUCCAUUAGAGGUAUUGGGGUAUAAGGGAUCUAUUGCUACCCAUGGGCAGUGACUCUUAAGAACACGCCGUUCUGACAAACUUAUUUUCUGCUCAGACUGACUUUUUAUACUGAAGAACGGCUGUUUUUUUGUGGGGGUGGGAGGGCGUGCGGGAUUUAAGGUUAUUUUUCAAGUUUUUGUUUUUUCAAGUAAUGUUAUCUAUUUUUUUUUGUUUUUUUUUGAGUUCUCUAGAGCUGCUGUGCUCAGAACUAUAAGGAUCUGCAAAGAGUGGGGAAGGGCAGAUGAUAUUAUUAUAAAGAGUAUAUUUCCAGUGGCUGGGCCCAUAAAACAGCCUUCUGAUCUCUUCCUCUGUUAAGAUGCACAGUGCAUUCCCUUGAUCCUAACUCCCUCAUGUCCAAAAUACACUUAACAUGACUUCCUAUGUUUUUAUGUUUUCUGUAUUUUUUUUUUUUUUAAAUUAAUGAAAAUGUAUAGUAUUGACUGUUUUUAUUUACUGUUGGACGGUUUCUGUAUAGGCAAAAAUGUAUGUUCCCAUCCACCUGCCAUUUUCUGUCUGAUCCCCUUGUGAACCUUUUCACUCUCCCCGAGCCACACUCAGCACAGGGCCCCCCCCCUCCCUGUGAUCAUAGCCAUAAGGUAUAUAUAUAUAUAUUUUUGCUUCCUUUAAAUUGUCAGCUUGAAUCACAGCUGGAAAGGGCUUUUAAGGUCCGUUGCCCUAAUUUUGGGCAUGAAUGGGUUAUUUUGGUGAGAAGGGGCAGUUGUGCUCCAAAUACAGAGGUUUUUCAGAGGAUGGUUUAAUGUUGCUUUAAAACAGAAGAUAUAUAUACAUGAUAUAUAUAUAUAUAUAUAUAUAUAAAUAUAAAUCUAUAUAUAAAUAAAAUAACCCCAUUCUUUAUCCCUACCUUGCCCUUUCUUUGCCCAAAAACCUUUUGGUUAACUGGCGAGAAAUAAUGUAAAUUCUUUUACCUUUCAACCUCUUUUACCCUUCAAAAGAACCCCAUGAAAUUAUUAUGUUCUGUUUAGCCAAGUAUUUGCAACAUUAAUGGUGUUAUUUCUACACAUUGGAGAGGGGCUACGGAGAGAGAUUUGUUUAUUUUGCUAUAUCACGGAACCAGCCAGAUGUACUAUAUUUAAUGGAUUGUAAAUUUUGGAGGGGGUGUAUAGGGGGCAAACUUGCAUUCUUUAUUAUUAUUUUUUUUCCACGUUACUGUAACAUCCAAGUAAGAACAUGGACUGGCCAAAAGAAUGGCCUGUUCUUACCGACUCCCCACCAUGCUGGUAUUGACUCUUUUCUAUCUAAACCUGUUUCUUCUGGAACUCGGGAAGCAGGAAACUGAUCAGACGCGAUCUCCUCCCCUCAACAGUGUGGUGUAAACGGUGUAAAUCAUGCAAUGAACAUGGGGUCUCCUAAAUAUGAACUUUAAAUCACUGUACAAAUUGUUACAAUUCAUUUCUUAUUACUUAUUGUUAAAUAAACUGUGUGAGACAGAUGAA